AUUCCCAAAAGAGAAUUAGCCAAUCCAUUAAUGGCAGCUUAAGCAGUAGAUUAUCAAUUAAUGGCAGCUUAAUCAGUAUUAGCAGUGGAUUAUCCAUUAAAUUCUGGAUCAUCAUUUCCGAUACUGCUUUUUGUUCGCUGUAGAGUCUCUCUCAAACUCAAUCCCCACUUCCAUUCACCUAACGGAGGGAAUCUUUUUGUCGUUUUUACCUAUUCUGCGCGGGUACGACGUCGUACAAAGGCGGAUGGGUGGCCGGGGAUCGAAUCACCGGCUGUUUUCGGCUUCCAGUUUCCAGAAUCGGAUUUCCUUCUUGAUGCUGUCCAUGUUUGCUACCAUGGCGUCCCUUUAUGUUGCUGGCCGAUUGUGGCAGGACGCGGAGAACAGGGUUUAUUUGAUUGACGAGCUUGAUAAGAGAACUGGCCAGGGGAAGUCUUCCAUUUCUGUUGAUGACACGUUAAAAAUCAUCACUUGCAGAGAACAGCAGAAGAAAUUAGCUGCUCUUCAUGUUGAUCUGGAACAAGCUAGGCAGGAAGGUUUUGUGUCUAAACAUCUCUCGUUAAAUGGUGGAACUACAAAGAAAAAACUUUUAGCGGUCAUCGGGAUAAUUACAAUGUUUGGGCGCAAGAACAAUAGAGAUGCAAUUCGUAAGGCCUGGAUGCCUACUGGUGAUGCUCUCAAGAAACUGGAGGAGGAAAAAGGCAUUGUAAUACGAUUUGUAAUAGGGAGAAGUGCUAAUCAUGGGGACAGUUCAGACAGGGAGAUUGACAGUGAAAAUAGGCAGGCUAAUGACUUCACAAUUCUUGAAAAUCACAUGGAGACUCCUGAAGAGCGACCACAGAAGACAAAAUUGUUCCUCAUUCAUGCCGUGCAGCACUGGGAUGCUGAGUUCUAUGUUAAGAUUAAUGAUGAUGUUUAUGUCAAUAUUGAUGCACUUGGAGCUGUGCUUGCAAGUCAUUUGGAUAAGCCUCGUGCUUACAUUGGAUGUAUGAAGUCGGGAGAAGUUUUCUCUCAGCCGAAACAGAAAUGGUAUGAACCUGACUGGUGGAAAUUUGGUGAUGGGAAGUCAUACUUCCAACAUGCUUCUAGUGAAGUAUUUGCAAUUUCACAAGCAUUGGCUCAGUUUAUUUCAAUCAACAGAUUGGUCCUCCGCACUUAUGCUCAUGACGAUGUCAGUGUUGGAUCAUGGUUCAUUGGGCUUGAUGUGAAGCAUGUUGAUGAAGGGAAGUUUUGCUGCUCGUCCUGGUCGUCAGGAGCCAUUUGUGCGUCCGUGUGAUUCAACUCUGGCAGUGGAAAAAUGCAGGCACCUGACCUACAGUGCCCAGCAUAUUAGCUAGGUAUGUUUUGGCUGACUCAGUAAACAUUGUAGACAUGAUUCAAGAGACGCUCCACAAGAAUGUCAUAGAAGCAUACGCAACUGAAAACACAUGUUUACUGCUCUAGAGAUGUAGCGUCGGCUGUACCAAACGGAUUUGUAAUCCAACAGUUUUAUACUAUUGAUAUGUAUUGCAGAGUACAUAAUUGCAAUAUCA